ACCCGCGCCUGGUACCCCAGAGCGAGGCUGUGCGCGUCACUUCCUCUCGAAGCGGCGGCGGCGGCAGUGGGUCUCUCAGCGUCCUGGUGUCGGGGUGAGCGCCCCUCCCCCGUUAUCGCCCCCCAGGUGACAUUGUGAGCAUAUGAAUGACAGGAGAGGACUCCUAGCUGCUUCUGUAAUUUCCAUCCAGAACUCCUGUUUUGUGUAUCCGUCUUGUCAGAACUGCUUUUCUAAGCUGAUUUUAGAUUCCAGAAGGUUUAACUGUCUAAAAUGUGGCUGUGCAGGUGAAGCUAAGGAUGCAAACUACAGAUAUAGACUCUCCCUAAAAGUAGCUGAUGCUAAUGAUCUGUUUCACAUUACUGUAUUUGGAACCUGCUUGGAUCCAUUCUUUGGGAUCACAGCAGGAAGAUUGCAGAGGUGUAUUCAAGAAGCAGAAGGAGCAGACAGAGAUGAAUCUUCACAUGCAUUAAUUCAAGCAGUCAAAACUUGUUUCAUAGGUAGAAGAUUAAUAUUUGGACUGAAGGGUUCUAAACACCAAGAUGGAGGGCCCUUUGCUUCUGACAGCAUCUUCCAAAACUGCUCCAGAAUUAAUAGUCAAACAAAAGAUCUUACAGCUUGCCAGCUCUUCCUGCCAAACACUGCUGUUGCUGGCUUUACAGUUAUCAGCUACUUUCAUCGGCUCUGGCAGUCUACAGACAUCAGACACAGUCACAGCAGCUCAUACUCACCUGACAGUCCUUUAAUUGCAAUAGAUCAGCCUAUGAGGGAGCUCAACAGUUCUUGCAGCUCCUGUUUUGUUCAGUCAAGCAGAGAGAGCUUUUCAGGGCCCUGGCAGCAAUCUUUUGGACUGACUUCAUCUUCUGUGGAUUGGGUAACAGCAGAAGAUGUUUUAGCUUUGGAACCAGGAGAGGAUCCUGGUAAGUGGAAUAAACAAGAGGACAGACCUUUCUCAGCAGAACCAUGCAGUAUCAUCCCCAGCAAUGAAACUGUUCUAAGGGUGGAACUCUAUAACUCUUCUAGGGGUGAGAGACAUGAACAGAAAGAUCAUGAAUUCAGUUCACCACAUCAACAGCCAGACACUGAUAAAUUGGAGAGCAUUUCUUCUCUAAAGAGAGACUUGUCAACUCCCAGCAGUCACUCAAGGUUAUUACACAACUCCUUGGAAUUUGAGGUAAAACGCUAUUGCCCAGGGAUUGCUAGCAGAUAUGACAAAUACCAAGAAAAAUCUAGGAACUCUGUUUUUCAUCAAAGACAAGAUUAUUCAUUCUGGUGUUCAUCUCUGUCACCUGAUCCUUCAAACACAGCCAGAGUGUCUGAAGAUGACCCUAUGAUUUGGGAUGAGCUGCCAUUCUCUGAAAGUCUAAAUGAAUUCAUAGCCAGAAUUGAAAAUAACAAGAGCGUGGAGCCCUCGAUAGAUUCUGCUACACACAAAUAUUCCCUCCUUGAGAAUGAUAAGGGAAAUAAAAAUCUUGCCAAAUCCUCACAAGGCACCGUGGCUGCUGAUGUCCAUGCUGUAUGUGCAGCUGGGGUGUCCUCACACCUACAGGAGAAUAUGAAUACUUGCCAAGAGCCUGUUCUGUCCUGUCAUCGGUCAAACUUGAAACCAGUAAGUAGCAAAGCAUUACAGCACAAGUCUUUAUGCAGCCUUUUAUCCACAAAUAUUAAAGAAGAUAAUGGGUCUUGUUUUAUAGCUAAUCCACCUCUGCUGGUUCAGACCCAGUGCUCACCAGUAAUAUUAAAGCCUUAUUCAGAGGGCAGUUUUCUCCAUUCCAAGGAAGCAAAUAUUACUCUUUCAAAGUCUGUCAGGUUCCCCACCAACUUAAAAAGUCCUGUUGAGCAUGGAGAGAGCCCAUAUUUACAAAAAAGACAGAAACAUGCCCAUUUACGUUCAAUAUAUGGCUGUUUAGCCAAUUGGGAAAACAAAGAAAAUUCUGUUUACCCACCGAACCAAAGAACAGACCUUACAAGUUGUUGGGCAACGGGCUGUAGCUCUGCAGCCCUCUCUAGUACUAAAAUUACAGGCAAGAGAGAAUUAAAACCAUUGACAGACUUGCAACAAAAGACCUGCAGAGCUGUAAAUGAGAGAGACUUACGGAAUGGCAGCUGCCCUGAAGGCAGCUACAAUGCUUCUGCUGACCUCUUUGAUGCUACUGGUGGGGACAAGGAAAUCGCAAUAGAUUUUUUAAGUAAGUCUUAUAACUCUUCAGCCAAAGAUUAUGUUUUGACUGAAAAGCACACAGCAUCUGAGUUAGUGCUUAGUCCAUUCGAUGAUGGCUGCAGCUAUUCACAAUGCCAGUUGUUCUUGCAUAGUUCCUCUCCUGCUUUUAGUAAGCACAGUACACCUAUAAGUUAUUCAUUGUGCAAAUCAGAACUCGAUACGGUAGGUACCCCAGACUUAGUUCCUUAUUCACAGUCAACUCCUGUUGCAAGACCUCUUCAGAAAUUAAGACCCUAUAGGGAGAGAGACUCUAUUUUCCCUAAACUGCCCUCUAAAAAUCGCACUAAAAUCAAUUCCAGAUGGAAACAAUCUAGAUCUUCCUUUAAAAAUACUUUACUGAGACAGCUCAGCAGCAGACUGCUGAAACAUGAAAGGUCAAGUAGUAAUCCAAGAGCCACAGACAUCAAUAAGCCUGAUUCACGGCAGUUGUUUACCAACAGCGAGUUGCCUGAAAAUGACUCUGACCCUGAAGAAUGGAUCCCUCCGUCAGCAACAAAAUUGUUGCAGCCAGCUGUAUUUUCUAAUUUAAAAACAGUUGGAUUGCAAGCCAGAAGACCAGCUAUCUGCAAACACAUGGCUGACGAACUUGUUUGUGAAAACAAAGGGAGCAGUGGAACUGAUAGACAUUUAAUAAGCAGGGCUGAGAUUCUGAAGACUCCUACACUUACAUGUGCCACUAAGGCCUUUCUCUUAGAAGAUGCAGCCCCUGGAGCUUGUUUCUGCUCUGAAAUCGAGAGCUCUCUCUCAUGUGCAAUUGAUUCAAGGGGCAUAUUGGACAUAGCAGGUAAUUGGUCUCCUGAACUGUUUACAGAAAAUUUCCAAGCACAAAAGCUUGUUUUUCCAAAACCUGUGUCCUGAAACAGAUCUCUACUGUUCCAUGUCCUUUAUAUUUUAACCCUUUGGAAGGAUGAUCUCCUUACCAAAAGAAGAAAAGCAUUAUUUUAAAAAGAAGUUUAAUUAUUCAUAUUGCUCUUGGCAUCUAUUGUCUAAAGAUGAAUUCUGUUUAUAUGCACAGCCAUGUACUGCAUAGAGGUUGGGGCACACUGAACCAUGCUUUCACUUUAUUUAAUUGUGGAUUAAAUGACUUGGCCCUAGAACAUGAAAUAAAAGUUUACCUACA